UCUACAACAUGUGGCGUCAUAGAAAAUCUACAUUGCGUCUCCCUCUCCUCCCCAGCUCUCUCUCUCUCAUAGCCAGACAGAGCAUAGGAACGUUAGACUCGUCUGAGACAGAGAGAGAGAAAUAGAGAGAGACAGAGAGAGACGGAGAGACAGGAAGAGAGAGAGAGACAAGGAGAAAGAGAGAGAGAUACACAGAUACAGAGAGAGAGCAAGAGAGAGAGCGAGAGAAGUAGAGAGCCAGAGAGAGAGUGGCAGAGAGAGAGAGAGUGAGAGAGAGAGAGAGAGAGUGGGAGAGAAAUUUAAAUUGUUCGUACUUUUAUAUUAAAAUGUGUAUAUUUUCCAAGUCAACAUUUGUAUUUUUAAUUUGCUAGAUUUUUUUGCUUCUUUGACAAAGUUACUUCAACGGCGAUGCAAGAGUCACAGAGAGGCCAUUUCAAGCUAACUGGAAGCUACGGCAAUUGGAACUAAUCGGAAGCUAAAUGCCACUGGAAGCUUAUUGGAAGCUAGGGUUCAAUCCUAGCUAACCCUAAGCUAACUAGAAGCUAGAUGCCAAACAAUGCUAAGAGGAAGCUAAGUGAAAGCUAACUGGAUGCAAACUGGAAGAUAACUUGAUGCUAACUGGGAGCUAUGGUCCACUGAAAGCUAACCUGUAGCAACUGAAAGCUAGGCCACUGGAGGCUAACCUGAAGCUAAUUGGAAGCUAACUGGAGGCUAACUGGAAGCUAGGCGUGGCUGUACGGUCGGAGCCCAGAUGCAGGUGCCUGGGUGCUGGGGGCCCCACAUGAUCUCUGGUUCGGCUCGUUGACCCCUCGGACCAGCAGACCAUUGAGUACUGAUCCAUCACCCAGCCCUCAGAGCAGACAUGAGGAACCAGAGGGUGGAGCGGAGGCCAGGGGGGCGGGCCAGUCCCAUUGCUGGAGCUCUACUGGCCGCACUGGUCCUACUGGCUCUACUGGGCCUGGCCGGCGGCUGUCCGGACGUGUGCAGCUGCGAGGGCAACACCACCGACUGCUCGGGUCUGGGUCUGGUGUCCCUGGGGGCCGCGGCCCCGCUGCCCCCGGGGACCACGGGCCUCUCCGUGGCCCAGAACAACCUCUCCUGGCUGGGGCCCGCCGAGCUGGCCAACCUGUCCUCCUCCGCCUCCCUGGAGGUGCUGGACCUGUCGCAGAACCUGCUGGCCCGCCUCCAGCCUGGGCUGUUCCUGGCCCUGGGGGGCCUGAGGUGGCUCAACCUGUCCUCCAACAUGCUGGGCGCCUCCACCCACCUCCACCCACCACGGAACACCACCGAGGAGCCUGCCCUGAUGGGCUGGGACGGAGGGAGCGGCUCCAGGGGUCCGGGUCUGACCCGUGCCAGCUUCCAGGGGCUGUGGCGGCUCCGGGGUCUGGACUUGUCCGACAACGGGUUGGCGUGGCUGCCGGCCGGGCUGCUGGGCGGCCUGAGGGGCCUGGUCUGGCUGUCCCUGGCCCGGAACCGGCUCAGCGUCCUGGGGAGGGCCGUGCUGGAGCCCCUGGGGCGACUGGAGCAGCUGCAGCUUUCGGGGAACCCCUGGCAGUGUGACUGCCGGCUUGGGGGUCUGCGGCACUGGCUGGACUGGAUGGUCUACAGGGGCGGCCAGCUGGACUCCCUGACCUGCAUCCUGCCCCUGGAGGUCAAGGGUCGUGAGGUGCGCAGCCUCCCGGCGGAGAUGUUCCUGCGCUGCCUGUACGACCCCCCCUCCCCCUCCUCCCCCUCCCCGCGGGCCCCCUGCCCCCACCGCCCCCACUCCGGGGGGGAGGACUGCGUGCGGACGCGCUACAGGCCGGCCAGCGUGCGGCGGGCCGGGGCCACGCAGGCGGUGGCGGGCGUGGUCUGCGGCACUGUGUGCGUGAUGAUGGUGGUGGCCGCCACCUACGGCUGCGUCUACGCCUCCCUGAUGGCGAGGUACCAGCGGGGCGCCAAGCGCCGCGGGAAACCCCUCCUCCUGCAGGGCGGGGCCACGGGGAUGGGGGCGGGGCCUACUGUGAGCCUGACCUCCCCAGAGGAGGAGGAGCAAGAGGAGGAGGAGGAGGAGGAGGACGAUGAGGAGGAGGAGGAGGACGGAGAGGCUCCGCCUAAAGAACCCUGCCCGGUCGUCCCUAGUUACCGCAUUAGUAGCUUCUGAUUGGACGAUGGAUCGUGUGGGGGCGGGACGUUGAGCUAGGGUUCCUGAUAUCGUUUUGAGUCUGGGGGGUUGUCCCGGGUUAGGGUGUAAAGGUUUGGGGUUCAAACCCCACUGUUCAAUCUCCCAUUCACAUCUUUCAACCAGAUGACCUUUGACCUCUGCUGGCUCCUUAUUGUCAUGCCCCUGAACUCACUGGAAGUCACUCAAGGACUAAACUCAUAACGUUGUGAGAGCCCACAUGACGAGGAGCUCCUGCUGACCACCUGAUCUCGCUCAUCCCUACCCAGAAUGCAGCGUUAACCUUCUUAAUAAUGUACCUCAGUUCCUCAGCAUUAAGAUGUCUAGAAAGUUGAUUUGUCUGUUGUUCAGAGCCUAAAGCUACCUCCUCUUCUGACCUCGUGGUCUGUUGUGUUUAGUCAGAGGAGCUCUCUGAUAAACUCAGAGUCCCUGCUGACCUGCAUCUGUGUCUAGUUCUCCUCAGUUCCUGCUAUGCUCCUUCAUAUUUUCCCCAUGACUGCAACUGAACCAUAGCUGCUAGUGAGCACUAGUGAGGAUAGCCAAAGAGAUCUUGAACUUGUUUGACCUUUAGGACCUCAACAUCGAUCCAGACCACAACCAUUGCUGGAAAUACUGUAGAAAGUGUAGAGCUAGUUAUCUAGAUGUUGUUGCUUACAUGGACACCCAUAUUACAAUCGAUGAGAGCUGACCCUAACCCUAACUAUGUGUUCCUCAGAAAAGUCGAUAGGACACUAAGCACCUGUACUUAUUCUGUGUGUUUACCUCUGAGGACCCAAUAAAGUGUU